AUGGUUUUUCUAGCUGUUGGAGCCUUCAUUAUUGUGGAAAUGCUUUUUAGCUCAAGCCUUCUUGCAAUUGUUGGUGCUGGUGAACAGCCAUCCUUAUCCCCAAGGCGCCUAUGUUUGUUCAAUACUACAACUGGAACUGCUCUCCGAGAACUAAACUUUUUAACUUCAAUUCUUGCUGUUCCUGAGCCUGUUCCAGAAAGGCAGAAAGUAUUGGGCUUUGAUUGGUUCUCUUAUGGUUGUGCCCAAAUGUGGAGCGAGUUCCGCAAUCCUCUUGAGUGUGCUACAGAUUUGGAAAAUGAAGCAUCCAAAUUAGUCGUUAGAUGUAGCCAGCUAGGUGUGUUGAAAGUCGCCGUAUAA